AGAAACUGGUGUGCGUAUGUGGUGACGAAGACAGUGAGCUGUGUGGUGGAGGAUGGAGUGGAGACCUACGUCAAGCCUGACUACCACCCCUGCUCCUGGGGCACGCAGUGUUCCCGCAUGGUGACGUGAGUAUGCUCCUAACACACAAACACACAGGACUACCAUGUGGUGCCGUAUACUUACACUUACACAUUCAUUUAAACAGGUAUACCCAGACACCCACUGCAUGAAUCAGUCUUUGCCCAUCUACUGUAGACAGACAGAGGACAAAGUGGUGAGAGAAUGCCAAGGCUGAGGGGAAUUGUGUAAGAAGGGCCAUUAGGACCUAAUGCCCUUAAUGUCUGUCAACACACACACACUCACACACACUGCUUAUGGAACGAACAGAUUGGAAAGACAGACGUGUGACAACUCGCAAAACGAACCAAUAUUUCUGGGAAAUCAGGACCUUUUUGACAAAUCUGAAGCCCAUACUAUACGGCAUCCCUCUCUCGCUCUCUCGCUCUCUUUUUCUCUUCAUCUCCCUUCUCUCCUGUCUUUCUCUAUCCUUCUCUUGCAUGAUUCCAGGCAUAGCAGUGGUAGGCUAAGAGCUGUCGUAUUGUAAUUGACAUAAAUUAUGUGUGAUGGACAAAGUCGUGGCUGUGCAAACUGAGUCCUGUUGAUUGAAGGCCUUCUACUGCCACAGCCUCUGUCUCUCUCUCUGACACUCUCACAGCUUGGCAGCAGAUUACUGUGUUUGAGCCUGAACCAUACAGCACAUAUACAGGAAAGAAAACAAUAUAUGCCUGUUCACGCACAAGGGGGAUUAAUUGUGAAACAUUUAUUUCCUUCUCAGUUUAAAGGGGAAAAUAAAAGACAGUUUCUUUUGAACGCGGUCCAAGCAAAAUGUAGAAAUCUGUCCGUGUGUAUGUCGAGCACAUGUGUGUGGAGCGUGUGUGUGCAUGUGUGUUCGUUUAUCUGUUCUAAUUGUUUGACAAUGCUUUAGGAUCUCAUUUUGGAGUUUGGCUUCGACUCUCCAUUGCAACAUACAGUACAUUAGCUACACAGUGGAGUAUUCUCAUCCAUCAGAGAGGGGAGGGGUCUCCUAUGACCUACAGUUAUCUGACGAACGAAAACGAAGGGUGGUGGUCAGCUUGAGUUUGAAUUAGGUUAAUGUUAAUAUUGGGCGACUUGACUUGGGUAUUGCGUUUGUUCGUACAGUAAUUCAAUAUGUUUUGACAGUUAUCACAGAUGUGUGCUAUCAAGUGCUGUGCAAUCUGUUUCCCAAAUCCUGAAGUUCUUGUUACUUUUUUCAGAUUACGUGAUUGGGUAAGAGGAGAUUGCUACGCAUACCUACCAUGCCUAAGUCUUUCACAAUAGACAGUGACAGGCAUUUCUGAUACUGUGUUACACACUAGAGCGGAAAAGGAGCUGGUGGAUUAAUUGCAAACAUGUUAAGGUCUGAAUAGUUAAUGAUUGAAUCAACGUUGGUAUCUGGUGAAUACCGGGGAUUAGAGUUACCUCAAAGUGCCUGUCAGGGCAGAAACCAGCGUCCGCUGUUUAAGCUUUGUGUUCAUGCUUCCAUGCCCGGGAACAACAUGAAAACCUCGAUUUAAAUAGAAACGUAAUUAGAAAAUGCCUGUUACUCUGGCUUUGUGGCCUGUAAUGACUGCAUUUGGAUUGACACAUAAACAUUCUCCAAACUGAGGCCGUUUGAAGAGUUCAGACCAACAUAAUUGCAGACAGGCCCGUUGAAACUCAAUGGUAGGAACUUCUAUUCAACUUGGAAGGGAAAUUACGGAUAUUGUAUAAACAAAAUGUGUGAAGUUGUAAAAUAAAACAAUGUCCAAGGCUCUUCAAUUAAUGUUUAAUGUUAUGUUCUGCCAACGACUAGUGGUGUUAUGGGCCAAAAGGCAGCUGGACGGGUCUCCCGAGUGGCGCAGGGGUCUAAGGUACUGUAUCACAGUGCUUGAGGCGUCACUACAGACCCGGGUUCAAUCCCAGGCUGUGUCGCAGCUGGCCGUGACCGAGAGACCCAUGAGGCCGCACACAAAUUGGCCCAGCUUCGUCCGGGUUAGGGGAGGGUUUGGCUGGCCGGGAUGUCCUUGUCCCAUCGCGCUCUAGCGACUCCUUGUGGCGGGCCAGGCGCCUGCACGCUGACUUCAGUCGCCAGUUGUAUGGCGUUUCCUCCGACACAUUGGUGAGGCUGGCUUCCGGGUUAAGAGAGCAGUAUGUCAAGAAGCAAUGUCACUUGGCAGGGUUAUGUUUCGGAGGACACAUGGCUUUCGACCUUCGCCUCUCCCGAGUCCGUUAUGGAGUUGCAGCGAUGGGACAAGACUGUAACUACCAAUUGUGGAGAAAAAGGGGUAAAAGUUUUUAGAAAGAAAGGCAGAUGGACAAUAAGUUGGCAAUUACCACAUGCGACCAAUUAUGAUUGCGUAGCUUCAGUGAACAUUUAGCAGACACUCCUAUCUAGUGUGACCCAAAAUAUGUGCAUUCAAUUUAGAUAGGUGAGACAACCUCAUUGUGAACCACUUCACCAUUGUUGUCGUUGUUGUCUCUGAUUCUCAAUAGAUAUCGAACGUAUAUGAAGCCGCGGUACAAGGUGGCCUACAAGAUGGUAACAGACAUGGAGUGGAAAUGUUGCCAUGGUUACACUGGGGACGAAUGUAGUGAGGGGCCGAGCGGAGGGUCUGGGACCCAGAUUGCUACAGCCAAACCACGGCCGAAACCCUCCCGACCGGGACAGACCGGAACAGGUCACGGAGGACAGAGUGGAGGAGACGGUGGGUGGAUGUCUGUUCAACCUGCUCCUCCUCUAUAUCCCCCUCUUCUUCUCCUACUUCUGUCCUCGUCUCUGUUCCCAUGUCACUCCUCAAAUAGUAUACAUGAUAAAUCUAAUACUAUAUAGAUGAUAUACUAUAAUAUAAUGUGUUUGUGUUCAGGGCGAGGAGACGGUGACAAGAUGCGGCAGCUGGAGGACAAGAUCCAGAGCCUGACCAAGGACCUCCACGACCUGCAAUCCUCCCUGAGGGGCAUGAAUGAACGCUUCCAAGAGGAGACGCACAAACCGGGUUUCACCGGUGGCGGCGCAAAGACCCCAGCGGACUCAGCCCAGCCCGAGAUGAUGGAGACCAUCCACAGCAUCCAGACCAAACUGGACCAGCUGGACAAUCGGACCCAGGCCCACGACAAGACCCUGGUCAGCAUCAACAACCACCUGGUCAACGGGAAUGCUGGCGGCGGGAAUGAACUCGGGGGUGGCGGUGGCGGCUCCUCUGGAGGCACCGGUGGGUUUAGCGGCGGGGCGCUCAGCACGCUGAAAGAGGAGAUCCUGAGGGAGCUGGAGAGGAGGGUGUCUCUGUCCUGCUCCUCCUGCCAGUCUGGGGUGGAGGACCUGCGAAGGAAGCAGCAGGAGAACAGGGAGAGGAUCCAGGCACUGGAGAAGCAGCUGAACGCAGUGGACGGACGCUAUCGCCAGAGCCUGGACGGCCUACGCCGGGAGGUCACACGCUUCCAGGGCUGCUGCAACACUGUCACCGACCUCAAGAACAGGGUCACAGAUGCAGAGAGAAAGAUCAGCUCUGCGUCGGAGAACUACGAUGUCAUCCAGAAUCGCCUGGAGAAGGAGUUGGGCGGUGGUGGUGGUAGUCAUGGCGGCAUAGGUUUGGGAGGAGGUGGCUUUGGACCUGGUGGUGGUGGCUUUGGCCCUGGUGGUGGCAGUGGGUUACCCAAGGUUAUAGAGGACAGGCUGGAUAGCCAUCUGAAGGACCUGGAGAGGCGGGUGAACAGCACAGUGCAGCACACGGAGGAGAGCUGCGCCUUAAUAGAGAACAACAUGAAGGACUAUUUCCACCGCGAGCUGGGUGACCUCCGGACUGUGUUCCUGGACCGCUUCGACACCCAGGGCUACCGCAUCGAAGACAUAGAGCUGGACAUGGGCAUCGUAAAGGACCAAGUGUUGGACCACGACAAGAAGCUGACCCGCCUGGAGAACUCUACGGCACUCCUAGACAAGAGUCUGACUGACUGUGGCUGUGGAGGAUUAGGAGGAGGAGCUGGAGGAGAGGGAGCAGGUAGAAGAGGAGGAAGUGGAGGAACGGGAGGGAGAGGAGAUGGAGGAGGAAGGGGAGAUGGAGGAGGAAAUAAAGGAACUGGAGGAGGAUGGGGAGGAGCAGGGGGAGCAGAGGGAACCAGAACUGGAGAAGGGGGAGAUGGAGGAAGAGGAGGAAUAGGGGGAACCGGAGAUGGAUGGGGAGGAGCUGGAGGAGACAGAGGAAAUGAUUACAACGGAGACUCUGUGAAGUCUAUCACAUGGAGGGUGGUGGCCAACGAGGACGAGAUCCGCCGCUUCAACACGCGUAUCAAGGACCUGUCCAUCUCAGGCGACUCCCUAAUGGACAAGGUGGUGGACCUCAGCCACGACAUCCGCAAAAUCAAAGCCCUGACCGGAGACAACGGCGAGCACUUCAACCGCAUUGUCACAGAGAUCGAGAUGCUGGGUCGUGGCGUGGACGAAUGCGACAUCUGCGGAAGAGUGGAAGACGAGUUGAAGAAGCUGAAGAACCACACGCAGCACACCCUGAACCGCUGGGAGAAGGACAUCAACACCAUCCGGACACAGGUGGACUCGGACCAGAGCUCCUGCUCGCAGGUGUGCUCCACCCUGAAGGAGGAGGUGGGGAAACUCCAGGAGGAGGUGGAGAAUUGUAGUGGCCAGUGUAAGAUCCGCCUUGAGACCCCAACAACAGGAGGCGGCACCGGAGGAGGCCUGGAUGACCCCCAGAAGCCCCUGGACGGCCACAGUGUGAUCGGAGGAACGUCUAACAACGGCCACCUCAAGUCCCUGCAGGGCGAGCUGUCCGAGGUCAUCCUGACCUUCAGCUCCAUCAACGACACACUGAGGGGCCUAGAGCAUACAGUGCAGAAACACGGCAGCAUCAUCACCGACCUGGGCAACACAAAGAACAAGAUAAUCUCGGAGCUGGACAAGAUCCAGCAGGAGGUGACCGAGCACAUCGAGGAGAGUCGCGACCGGCUUGACGGGGUGGACCGUGAUGUGCGCCGUUUCGAGAGCACCCUGGUGGUGGAGAUGGGUGACUGCAAGCGCUCUGGCGACGGCCUGGAGAAGAGGCUGUCCAAGAUGGAGGGUGUGUGUGGACGGCUGGACGGCGUCUCGGACUCGCUCCAGAAGAUCAAGGAGGGGCUGAACAAGCAUGUGUCGGGCCUGUGGAACUGUGUGAAUGGCCUGAACGCUACGGUCAUCUCCCAUGGAGGGGUCAUCGAGAACAUCCAGACCACUCAGCUGGAUGGGAUCUACGGGAAGAUCAAGAACCUCAAUUCGUCCGUCAGCCACAUCCUCAAGGAGUUCCAGAACCUCUCGGAACAGGACCUGACCGGUGAGUGUGUUGAGUUGACACUAUAUUCCUUUCAAAAGUUAGGAUCUAGAUCAGGGGUUAGCAACUCCAGUCCUCGGGUGCCUGAUUGGUGGCACACUUUCACCCCAGCCCUAUAGCUAACACACCUGAAUAAACUAAUUGCAAUCUAAACUGAAGACCAUGAUUAUUUGAUUAUUGGAGUCAGGUGUAUUAGCAGGACUGAGGUUGCCUUUCCCUGAUCGUGAUCCAAUGUAGGUAACUACAGAAACUAAACACUGCAUGGUUUGGACAGAUAGAGCAUGUUCAUUUAGACAUGAUCUACAUUGACUAUGUUUGAGAAUUUGUUGAGUUCAUACUGAUAUUGAAAAAUGAGACGUUAGUUUUAGUUAUUAUCAGUGGACUUAAACUCUUGUCUAGUUUUAGUCACAGACAUUUUAGUCACAUAAUAGUCAGUGCAUUUUUUUCUAUAAAUGACCUCUAACUUCUAUCAUGUGCACAUUCAGAUAGCCUUGUCCAACUAGGCCGACUAUCCCCUCAUAUACCUUAGCUGGCAACAUUGAUAUUGUGGCAGAUAGUAACCAAUGCCAGCCACAAUUAACCAUAGGCUAUAAAGCUGUGGCUACAGGUUAAACAAUGUACAGCUCUGAUUUUCUCCCCAUCAAAACCGUCAAGGGGGUAAAUAACAGUGGUUUCUUUGAAAAGGGGAGAAUGAGCUUUACAAAAAUGCCAGAAGUAUUACUGUACUCUUAAUAUUCAUCAAAUAGCAUUUGUUAUUCCCAUUGGAAAAAGUCAACUGCAACUGACAUUUGCGGACCGUGGUGAGAGAGCGGCAACGCAUAUGGGGAAAAUAAAGCUUCUGAUGUGAUCAAAACAAAGACAGCCUACAUGAAAGUAAGAUAGAGAGUAGAUAUUGUUUCUAGUUCAGGUUAGUUACAAGUCAAGUGUCCUGGCUUCGCAUCAGUUCAAAAGAUUGACAAGUGACUGAAGUGACCACCUGGGAAUUGUGUAGGAGAGCCGGGCAGAUCAUCUCAAUCAGAUUGGCAACUGAAAGAUGUAAAUUCUGCCAAUGAGAGGAUUGCAUGAAAUAUUCUGCAUGCAUGCAUACUUAGGAUUGGACAAAACAGAUGAAAAUGAGCUUCAUGUCAAAUUAAAUGUCCUUUAGUCUCACUUGUAGUGCUGUUGCGGUGACCGUGUUACCGCCACACUGGCAGUCAUGUCAUGACCGCAGUCAAAUUCCAUGUGAACGGUAAUCUUCUCCUAUGCACUCUGGACAUGAGUUGGUAGUACCCAACUCGCUAACGACCAUCAGGUCGCUAAUGGCCUGUUACUCAGCGUUCUAUUGUCCCGCUAACCACUCUGACAUCAAUGCAAAUGCAUUCGAAAAUCACAUCAAACACUUGUCAUCAAAACCGUAUCAUGCUUUAAAACUCACCGUUAGGCAAACAUUUUUGACCUCACUGUGAUGAUCAAUUUGAAGAAAGAAGUUCAACAACAGGUUGAAACUGAGUGGAUAACAUGGUUGUUGUGGAUGUUAUUUCAAAGCCAAACACAACAAAAUGGACAGCGCUUUCUAAGGUGAUGAUUAAUUCAAAGCAUUUAAGAUGUUGUAUGUAGAACACCCAUACGCCACAGGAGGUUGGUGGCACCUUAAUUGGGGAAAAUGGGCUCGUGGUAAUGACUGGAGCGGAAUUAGUGGAAUGGUAUCAAAAACAUUAAACACAUGUUUCCAGUUGUUUGAUGCCAUUCAAUUUGCUCCAUUCCAGCCAUUAUUACAGUGGCUUGCGAAAGUAUUCACCCCCCUUGGCAUUUUUCCUAUUUUGUUGCCUUACAACCUGGAAUUAAAAUUGAUUUUGGGGGGGCUUGUAUCAUUUGAUUUACAUAACAUACCUACCACUUAGAAGAUGCAAAAAAAUAAGACCCAAAAAAAGAACUUGAGCGUGCAUAACUAUUCACCCCCACCCCCCCCCCCCCCCCCCCCCCCCCCCCCCCCCCCCCCCCCCCCCCCACCCCAAAGUCAAUACUUUGUAGAGCCACCUUUUGCAGCAAUUACAGCUGCAAGUCUCUUGGGGUAUGUCUCUAUAAACUUGGCUCAUCUAGCCACUGGGAUUUUUGCCCAUUCUUCAAGGCAAAACUGCUCCAGCUCCUUCAUGUUGGAUGGGUUCCUUUAAGUCAUACCACAGAUUCUCAAUUGGAUUGAGGUCUGGGCAUUGACUAGGCCAUUCCAAGACAUUUAAAUGUUUCCCCUUAAACCACUCAAGUGUUGCUUUAGCAGUAUGCAUAGGGUCAUUGUCCUGCUGGAAGGUGAACCUCCGUCCCAGUCUCAAAUCUCUAGAAGACUGAAACAGGUUUCCCUCAAGAAUUUCCCUUUCCUUCAAUUCUGACCAGUUUCCCAGUCCCUGCCAAUGAAAAACAUCCCCACAGCAUGAUGCUGCCACCACCAUGCUUCACUGUGGGGAUGGUGUUCUCAGGGUGAUGAGAGGUGCUGGGUUUGCGCCAGACAUAGCGUUUUCCUUGAUGGCCAAAAAGCUCAAUUUUAGUCUCAUCUGACCAGAGUACCUUCUUCCAUAUGUUUGGGGAAUCUCCCACAUGCCUUUUGGCGAACACCAAACGUGUUUGCUUAUUUUUUUCUUUAAGAAAUUGCUUUUUUCUGGCCACUCUUCCGUAAAGCCCAGCUCUGUGGAGUGUACGGCUUAAAGUGGUCCGAUCGACAGAUACUCCAAUCUCUGCUGUGGAGCUUUGCAGCUCCUUCAGGGUUAUCUUUGGUCUCUUUGUUGCCUCUCUGAUUAAUGCCCUCCUUGCCUGGGCCGUGAGUUUUGGUGAGCGGCCCUCUUGGCAGGUUUGUUGUGGUGCCAUAGAAGGAUUACUGUUAGACUAUUCCAGGUAUUCCUUAAAGAGGUAGGGUUUCAAGUGUCUCCAGAAGGUGGUCAGUGACUCCGCUAUCCUGACGUCGUGGGUGAGCUUGUUACACCAUUGGGGUGCCAGAGCAGCGAAUAGCUUUGACUGGGCUGAGCGGGAACUGUGCUUAUGUAGAGGUAGGGGGGCUAGCAGGCCAGAGGUGGAUGAACGUAGUGCCCUCGUUUGGGUGUAGGGUCUGAUCAGAGCCUGAAGGUAAGGAGGUGCCGUUCCCCUCACAGCUCCGUAGGCAAGCACCAUGGUUUUGUAGUAGAUGCGAGCUUCAACUGGAAGCCAGUGGAGUGUGUGGAGGAGCGGGGUGACAUGAGAGAACUUGGGAAGGUUGAACACCAGAUGGGCUGCAGUGUUCUGGAUAAGUUGUAGGGGUUUAAUGGCACAGGCAGAGAGCCCAGCCAACAGCGAGUUGCAGUAAUCCAGACGGGAGAUGACAAGUGCCUGGAUUAGGACCUGUGCCGCUUUCUGUGUAAGGUAGGGUCGUACUCUGCGUAUGUUGUAGAGCAUGAACCUGCAGGAUCGGGUCACCGCUUUGAUGUUAGCGGAGAACGACAGGGUGUUGUCCAGGGUCACGCCAAGGUUCUUUGCACUCUGGGAGGAGGACACAAUGGAGUUGUCAACUGUGAUGGCGAGAUCAUGGAGCGGGCAGUCCUUCCCCGGGAGGAAGAGCAGCUCUGUCUUGCCGAGGUUCAGCUUGAGGUGGUGAGCCGACAUCCACACUGAUAUGUCUGCCAGACAUGCAGAGAUGCGAUUCGCCACCUGGUUAUCAGAAGGGGGAAAGGAGAAAAUUAAUUGUGUGUCGUCUGCGUAGCAAUGAUAGGAGAGACCAUGUGAGGAUAUGACAGAGCCAAGUGACUUGGUGUAUAGAGAGAAUAGGAGAGGGCCUAGAACUGAGCCCUGGGGGACACCAGUGGUGAGAGAAUGUGGUGCGGAGACAGAUUCUCGUCAUGCCACCUGGUAGGAGCAACCUGUCAGGUAGGACGCAAUCCAAGAGUGAGCAGCGCCGGAGAUGCCCAACUCGGAGAGGGUGGAUAGGAGGAUCUGAUGGUUCACAGUAUCAAAGGCAGCAGAUAGGUCUAGAAGGAUAAGAGCAGAGGAGAGAGAGUUAGCUUUAGCAGUGCGGAGAGCCUCCAUGACACAGAGAAGAGCAGUCUCAGUUGAAUGACCAGUCUUGAAACCUGACUGGUUUGGAUCAAGAAGAUCAUUCUGAGAGAGAUAGCAGGAGAGAGAAAAGAGUUUUGGAGAGAAAAGAAAGAAGGGAUACUGGUCUGUAGUUGUUGACAUCAGAAGGAUCGAGUGUAGGUUUUUUGAGGAGGGGUGCAACUCUCGCUCUCUUGAAGAUGGAAGGGACAUAGCCAGCGGUCAAGGAUGAGUUGAUGAGCGAGGUGACGUAAGGGAGAAGGUCUCCGGAAAUGGUCUGGAGAAGAGAGGAGGGGAUAGGGUCAAGCGGGCAGGUUGUUGGGCGGCCGGCCGUCACAAGUUGCAAGAUUUCAUCUGGAGAGAGAGGGGAGAAAGAAGUCAAAGCAUAGGGUAAGGCAGUGUGAGCAGGACCAGCGGUGUCAUUUGACUUAAUAAAUGAGGAUCGGAUGUCGUUAACCUUCUUUUCAAAAUGGUUGACGAAGAGAGUGGUAGAAAGUGGCUUUAGCAGCAGAAACAGAGGAAGACAAUGUAGAGAGGAGGGAGUGAAAAGAUGACAGGUCCACAGGGAGUCUAGUUUCCCUCCAUUUCCACUCGGCUGCCCAGAGCCCUGUUCUGUGAGCUCGCAAUGAGUCGUCAAGCCACGGAGCAGGAGGGGAGGACCGAGCCGGCUGGGAGGAAAGGGGACAUAGAGAGUCAAAAGAUGCAGAAAGGGAGGAGAGGAGGGUUGAGGAGGCAGCAUCAGGAGAUCGGAGGGAGAAGAAUUUAACAGAGGGAAGAGAUGAUAGGAUGGAAGAGGAGAGAGUAGCGGGAGAUAGAGAUUAGAAGGUUGCGAUGGCACAUUACCAUCUGAGUAGGGGCAGAGUGAGUAGUGUUGGAGGAGAGCGAGAGAGAAAAGGAUACAAAGUAGUGGUCGGAGACUUGGAGGGGAGUUGCAGUGAGAUUAGUAGAAGAACAGCAUCUAGUAAAGAUGAGGUCAAGCGUAUUGCCUGCUUUGUGAGUAGGGGGGGACGGUGAGAGGGUGAGGUCAAAAGAGGAAAGGAGUGGAAAGAAGGAGGCAGAGAGAAAUGAGUCAAAGGCAGACGUAGGGAGGUUAAAGUCACCCAGAACUGUGAGGGGUGAGCCAUCCUCAGGAAAGGAACUUAUCAAGGCGUCAAGCUCAUUGAUGAACUCUCCAAGGGAACCUGGAGGGCGAUAAAUUAUAAGGAUGUUAAGCUUGAAUGGGCUAGUGACUGUGACAGCAUGGAAUUCAAAUGAGGAGAUAGACAGAUGGGUCAGGGGGAAAAGAGAGAAUGUCCACUUGGGAGAGAUGAGGAUUCCUGUGCCACCGCCGCGCUGACCAGAUGCUCUCGGAGUAUGCAAGACCACAUGAUCAGACGAGGAAAGAGCAGUAGGAGUAGCAGUGUUUUCUGUGGUAAUCCAUGUUUCCGUCAGCGCCAAGAAGUCGAGGGACUGGAGGGUAGCACAGGCUGAGAUGAACUCUGCCUUGUUGGCCGCAGAACGGCAGUUCCAGAGGCUGCCGGAGACCUGGAACUCCACGUGGGUCGUGCGCGCAGGGACCACCAGAUUAGAGUGGCAGCAGCCAUGCGGUGUGACGCGUUUGUAUGGCCUGUGCAGAGAGGAGAGAACAGGGAUAGACAGACACAUAGUUGACAGGCUACAGAAAAGGCUACAAUAAUGCAAAAGAGAUCAGAAUAAAAUUAACUAUACAUCUGAGGAAGCGAGAGAGCGGGACCUCCCUCACUUACCUUUCACUGAAACACUCAAAUAUAACUCUCCCAACUUCCACUUUAGAAAUUAUAAUUGUUGUAAACUACAGCGGUUCAAUGUUUCUAGGAGUAGACUCUAACUUAGUUUAUUCAGCUAGCUAACUUGGUACAGUAUUCUUCCGUGAAAACCGCCCAGGGCACCGUAUCUUAUGACACCAUAGCUAACUAGCAUGCUAGCAUCCAAUAACACACUGUUUAGCACCAAUACUUGGUUACAACAAACUACCAAUAGUGUGUUAACACACUAAACAGAUCAUUCGUGUCCGUGUCUAGUUCCUUUCAUAACGCAGAAAUAAUUUGUUUGCGUUGCAAAAUUCUCAUUGACUAAAAUGAUAUUGUAUUUAGUUGCUACAGUACUGCUAGCUGGUAGUGUUGGCUAGCUAGCAAUGGCUGCGGUGUUGACUUUGUUUGAAAAAAUGGCAUCGCUGUGAACGAAUGUAGCUGGCUAAAAUGAUGUUGUAUUUAGUUGCUACAGUACUGUUAGCUGGUAGUGUUAGCUAGCUAGCAAUGGCUGCGGUGUUGACUUUGUUUGAAAAACGGCGUUGCUGCAAACGAAUGUAGCUGGCUAAAAUGAUAUUGUAUUUAGUUGCUACAGUACUGCUAGCUGGUAGUGUUGGCUAGCUAGCAAUGGCUGCGGUGUUGACUUUGUUUGAAAAAACGGCGUCACUGCGAACGAAUGUAGCUGGCUAGCUAACCUCGAUAGUUUCUCUAUAUUACACCUUUAUCUUUGAUACAAAGACAACUAUGUAGCUAGCUAACAUUACGCUAAUCAAAUCGUUCCAUUGUAAUGUAAUGUGUCAUAUUACCUGCGGAGCGAAGGACAGCAUGACUACUCACUCCAGGAGCCAUCCAUCCCCUCCACUGCCAUACGCAUAUAUGAGCCCAAGCCCCCCCCCCCCCCCCCCCCCCCCCCCCCAAAAAAAAAUAACGGAAUUAAAAUAAUGAUUGUGCCGUUAUACAAUACAUAGCCUAAUAGUCUGCCACAUUUUACUCACGGCAGAAAAACAUUUUAAAAAACAUAGAUUUAAGAUGUCUUUGGGAUAUAAUUGGUCCAGCCUAUACUCCAAAAUUAAACACAUUCUUGCAAUCACCUUUAAGUGUGGACUGUAUUAUUAUGCAUACUGGAUGGACUGGUUAUCUUAUGCUAAGCUCCAAACUAUCUAUCCAUGCAUUUGGGAGAGAACGUAUAGGCCUAUGUAAUGUUGGUUCAUUGAUUGUGCAGGGCGGCUUGCAGAGUUAGCCUACAAUUAUAGUGAAUUUGUAUUUUAUUUCGAAUAGCCUAGUAUUAGGGCAUUUUAUAUAUUUUCUCUCUCCUUCAUUCCUUUCUCGAACGCGCAGAGAUUGGGGCUGUCAACAGUUUAAUUAAAUAUGUUUAUUUGUGAAAACAUGCUACUAUUGAUGUUCUCGAAUAGAUUUCACUUGGUUUCCCAAAUUAAGCACUGGGUAGCUUAAGAUAUGGCAUAUAGAAGCAUACCAGAUGGACAUAAUGAAAAUGAUCAGAGGAAGUUCAGGAGUAAAAUCAAACAAAAUAUAAUUAUUGACUGUGUCCAUAAAAAGUAUAUAGUAUGUAUAAGCAUGAAGUAGAGGCCUAAGCAUUGUUGUUCACUAGUUUACUCCAAUUAGGGAAGGGAUGGUGGGGUUGGAAAGUAAUAAAGGGAAAUAUAUAUAUUUUUAAGGAUAUGGAUGUAUAUAUAUAUAUGUAUGUAUAUGCGUGUAUGUAUGUAUGUGUAUGUAUGUGUAUAUAUAUAUAUAUAUAUGCGAGAAGAAGAAAAAAACUUAUGGGGGAUUGGAAGUGAUGCAGACAGUUACAUUGAUGGAAGUUACAAUCUAUCUGCAAUAAAAACCAAACAACAAUAAUCCACCCAAAGAGGUAUUUUUUUUAGAAGUAAUAGCUAGUGAUUACAGGCUGUUGUGAAAUGGUAGAACCUGCUGUAGCCAACUAGCCCGCCAUGUGCUUUUUUCUCCUUGACCAAAACAUGAUGAUGUUCUAUUUUUAGCUGAUAUGGGAAUGAAUACACAAGCAGCAUAUCAAACUGGGAUAAUGAUUUAGGUUACACCGGAAAGUAUAAGAAUAUCUUUUAUAAUAAAUCUGAUUAUUUCAUAUGGAGAUGUGGGAAACUAAAAAGACUAGCUUGUUAUGUUUUUAGUCAGGCUAAAGCUAGCUUGUCAGGCUGCCACCUAGCUACAAGGGAAGGCGACUCUAUCUUACUUUCACAAAAUGAAAACACAAAAAAAUAAAUGUUGCUAUCGCACCCUUGUGAAUGGGAGUGGGACCGGCGAGGAUAUUACGUUACCAAAAGGUGUCCGCUACUCCAAAAAUCCCACUCCUCCUACGUGCACGCACACAUGUAGAUCAACGGAGUGAAGCGUGUAGUAACCUUUAGUCAGGAAAAAUAGGUUGUUGACAAGUAUUUUUCGUCAUAGUUAUUGUUGACAAAAUUAACACUGAAUGGCACAGAUACAAAGAUGAGUCCUCUAUUUAUGUGGGUGGAAUUAAAUUACAUAAUUUUGAAUGAGAAAACUCCUCCACUGUAUUGUUAACACUGUCUGGAAUUUGUUCUAUGUCCCGUGUCCAAUAACAGGCCGCCUUUGUGUCAACACUGAAUAUUUCAGUUAAAUAUAUGUAAAUUAUGAAAGUUACAUGUAUUCAUAUUGUUGUCAUUGCCUCCCACCACCCCAGGUCUGACUGGUCCUCCAGGUCCCUCUGGGGAAAGAGGGCUCCCAGGGUUUCCCGGCCCCAAGGGGUCCCAAGGCAGGGACGGACCUCCGGGCAGGCAGGGAGAGAACGGGCCCAGAGGACCACCAGGUAACAGGAACCAUAUAAGCCCUUUAUAAUCAAAUCAAAUCAAAUUUUAUUUGCCACAUGCGCCGAAUACAACAGGUGUAGACAUUACCGUGAAAUGCUUACUUACAGCCCUUAACCAACAAUGCAUUAAUUCUUUUAUUUAAAAAGUACAAUAAAACAACAACAAAAAAGUGUUGAGAAAAAAAGAGCAGAAGUAAAAUAAAAUAACAGUAGGGAGACUAUAUACAGGGGGGUACCGGUGCAGAGUCAAUGUGUGGGGGCACCGGCUAGUUGAGGUAGUUGAGGUAAUAUGUACAUGUGGGUAGAGUUAAAGUGACUAUGCAUAAAUAAUUAACAGAGUAGCAGCAGCGUAAAAAGAUCGGGUGGGGGUGGGGGGGCACUGCAAAUAGUCCGGGUAGCCAUGACUAGCUGUUCAGGAGUCUUAUGGCUUGGGGGUAGAAGCUGUUGAGAAGCCUUUUGGACCUAGACUUGGUGCUCCGGUACCGCUUGCUGUGCGGUAGCAGAGAGAACAGUCUAUGACUAGGGUGGCUGGAGUCUUUGACAAUUUUGAGGGCCUUCCCAUGACACCGCCUGGUAUAGAGGUCCUGGAUGGCAGGAAGCUUGGCCCCAGUGAUGUACUGGGCCGUACGCACUACCCUCUGUAAUCAGUGUUAAUGCCUCAGGAAAUGCUAUAUGUUGAUGUUUGACAUCAUAUCAAAUCACAAUUUAUUGCAAGUCCAUUUAACAAAGUCACAACACACUUUACAGAAAUAAAAAAUAAUAAUGAAUACUUAAAAACAAACAUGGUUGAACGGUUUGAAUUGGUCCAACUACUGAACUCGUCUCUUCCUCUCUUCUUCAUUCCAGGCCUCAAAGGUGAACAAGGUAUGUUUAUGUUUGUUUUAUCAUCGCAUUUGAGUCCUACUGUUGCAAUGUGCUAAUGCCCUCAACAGUGAUGUUUGUUUCACCCCAUUACAUACAUAACAUGAGUGUUGCUGAGGGUCGAUAACACUCAGGGUGAAUGGGGUUUGGUGUGAAUGUGUGUAGGAGUCACUGUAGAGGUCAGAGGUCAGCGUUAGGCCAAUGAGAACAUGAAUCAUUUGAGGCAGCCAGGUGAUGUGCACAUACUGGUUCCUGGGUAAGCUUGAGGGCAACAUGUGGUGAUUGUGAGAUAAAUUAUGCGGCUAUUAGCUUAGUGUGUGUGUGUGCAUGUGUGUGUAUGUGUGUGUUGUCCCUGUGAACCUAGAGUUUUUUACCCCUAUUUGUUUUGUGAUGUAACAUUCCCAUCACAAAGGCAGUAUAGCUGCGUCUGAUCUACAGUAGAUUAGCCUAUUACAGGAAAACAUUCCAAGGGCCGUAACGGUCUUUAAUAAACAUCUUUCUCGCUAUGUUCCCUACACAUUGUUUACUUUGCCAUUUUGUACUGUAAUGAACCGUGAAAAUAGAUUUCCUCAUGUUAGAACAAUGAAAUAUCAUAUAUGGUUUAGAUAAUAAUCAUGCUCUCCCUCCACUCCUGUUGGGUUAUUUUCUGAGACCUUGAUGUGAUUUUGCCCACAGGUAUGCCAGGUGCUGAUGCCAACGUGCCCAAGCUCUCCUUCUCUGCAGCUCUCACCUACCCCAUGCUCAACGCUGGCACCAUCGUCUUCGACAAGAUCUUUGUCAACGAGGGAGAGUUCUAUGACCCACGGACAGGUACUGAAUAGAAAGGCGUUGUUGUUUUUUGGGUUGAAGAAGUAUACACAAACAUGAUCAGUGCAUACUACUGAUACCAAUGUAUACUGUUAGUUCAAUCUACAUGUGAAGCAGUGGAGGCUCCUCAGAGGAGGAAGGUUAAACAUUAAAAUAGUGAAACACAACGAGUGGCGCAGUGGUCUGCAUCGCAGUGCUAGCUGUGCCAUUAGAGAUCCUGGUUCGAAUCCAGGCUCUGUUGUAGCCGGCCGCGACCGGGAGACCCAUGGGGCGGCGCACAAUUGGCCCAGCGUCGUCCAGGGUAGGGGAGGGAAUGGCCGGCAGGGAUGUUGGUAGAGCAUGGCGUUUUCAACGCCAGGGUUGUGGGUUCGAUUCCCACGGGGGGCCAGUAUGAAAAAAUUUGAUAUUGUAUGCACUCACUAACUGUAAGUUGCUCUGGAUAAGAGCGUCUGCUAAAUGACUAAAAUGUAAAAAAGUUAUCCUUUUUAGAUAAAACUAUACUAAAUAUAUUCACGUCACCAAAUAACUGAUUUAAACUCACUGUUUUGCAAUGAAGGUCUACAGUAGCCUCAACAGCACCCUCUAGGCUAGCACCAUAGUGUAGACGGAGGACAGCUAUUUUCUGUCCUCUGGGUACAUUGACUUCAAUACAAAACCUAGGAGGCUCAUGGUUCUCACCCCCUUCCAUAGACUUACACAGUAAUUAUGGUGACUUCCGGAGGACUUCCUCCAACAUUUCAGAGCUUUUGCAGCAUGAACUGACAUGUUGUCCAUCCAAUUAAAGGAUCAGAGAAUGAGUCUAGUACUGAAAGCAUAAGCUAUAGCUAGCUAGCAUUGCAGUGCAUAAGGUGUUUUGAGUAGUUGACUCAAAGAGAAAGACAAUAGUUGAACAAUUUUGAACAAAUGAAUUUCUUCAAAAGUUAAGGAAAAGCAUUAGAGAGAGAGAGAGAAAUCUUUGUAUUUUUUUCUUCUUCUUGGCUUACCUUUCGCUUACUUAGCUAAUGCAGCUAAUUAAGCCUACUCAACAACCUGACUCAAACAGAGAGGAAUACUAUUUAUGUUAGCCAGCUGGCUAAGGCUAUCCAAUACUGCAACUCUUCGAAGUCAAGGUAAGCUUUCGGUUUUAUUAAUUUAUUGCCUCCGGGGACCGCCGGUGUAGCUGCUAAACUGAUUGCUGUACACUGUACUGCAUGAAUGUACACAUGGAUUGGAUUGUGCAUUUACUAACGUGUUAGUUCUAGUUUGUUGAGUAUGACGUUAAUAUAGCGUGGAACCCCGUAUUAUCGGCAUAUUCAACAGCAUUUAAGAAAUAUAUUACCUUCAACAGUGCUAUCUUGUGAUCAAGCCAUCAAUGUUAUGUGAUUAUUGGUGUCGUAAAAAUGUUAGCUAACGGGUUAGCAAUUAGCAUGUUUGACAUUUCAGUGGAAAUACUACUAUUAUCAGCUUUUUGAUAAGCAGUUUAGCAAAUAAAUACAUCCCGUAUUAUCGGCAUACGGUCCCCAGUUAUUGGCCACCUUACUAUUUUGUUCAAUUACAAGAUAUAUCCGUUUAAUUUUGUUCAAAAAAGAGACACCAACCACGUAGUGUUUACUAGAUAGUUGACUAGUUGGCUAGCCUUCCGGUAAAAAAUAAUGACUUGCCUGUCAACUUUUCAUUGCGUAGCCUGGUGCGCCCUCCUGUGGACUCUUAAAAAAUGGUUCUUCACCAACAUAUUCAGUGUUGUAACCAAAUAAUGUCUCAUAAUUUCUUUUACAGAUUAAUCUUAUGUUUUGAGAAAUUAGAUAACAGUUGAAUACUAAAAUAUGAGUAUUAAUAAUAUACAUCAAAUAACAUUUUAAUUUCAGUUAUGUGCAUUGACAUAAACAAUGAAAACACUGUUGGAGUUUGUGUUGCAGAGGUGCACUUGGAAAGUAAAGGAAGAAAUACACAAGAUGGGUUGAAUAAAUAUAUAUAUUAUAUUUUAGUCAUUAAUUUUUUUGUACAAAUAAAUAAUUUCAUAUGAACACAAACAAAACAAACAAUUAAAUCUCGACCUCCAUCCCUAUAUUGUCAUAAAAAUCACAAUCAAAAUCCAGCUCCACCGCUACCUCUGUAUCCCACUUUACACACCUGCAGUGGAACCAGUGCUGGCAGAAGUCACAGCACACCCAUGGCACCUCGGAUCUACACUCCUGAGGGGAGCUUGCAGGCGGAUCAUGCUCCCCGCAGCGAAAACAGCAGGUGGUGUCUUCUUUUAUAAAAAAAUAAAAUAAGAAUAAAAAUUGAUUAAUAUGGUUUUGCAAAAUGUAGAAGUUCUUCAACAACAAUAGUAAUUGAUACAACUGAGAGAGAGAGAAAAAACAAAUUAUGAAGUACCUGAGAGUGGUGCCAUGGGUGACAUGACAGACGUGACCGGUGGAGCUUUUCUCUUCCUUUUCUGUGCUGCAGUUUGAUAAAAAGUAGUGUUAUACAGAGCAUGUUGCAUGAAAACCCUUUUCAACUUUUUUACAUCAAUACCUCUGGAGGAAGCUGCAGAGGUUUUGGAGCAGGUGGAGAUGACUUGAGGGCUGGUGCUAUGGACUGUAGAUAUGUAAAGAGAGAUUUCUUUUAGUUUACAUUGCUGUUUUAUAAAACAGAUAACAAACAGUGAUUUUUUCGUAAUUUAACAUGUGUUUACCUGUGGAGGUGGCGGUAUUCAAAUUGCAGGAGGCAGGGACACCAGACGAGGCUGCUAUGGUGGUGUGACCAGGGGAGACGGAGGAGGCAGUUGGUCCAGAGGAGGCCGUGUUGGUGGUGACAGACAGGGGGGGUGGUGUGCAUCGUGGUGGUGGUGGACAAAACCGCCGACGAUGGCUUGGAGGAGCUGGUGUUUGUAAUAGUGGGGUUGAGGGGCCGACGAUGGUGUGGCCAGGAGAGUAGGCACGUGGCCUUCUUCUGCAGCUGGGGACUCCGGCGGCUCCUACAGGUGUUGCACACUGGGAGGCACUGGCAGUGGUGAUGCAGCUGUCAGGAGUGGUUCCAGCAGGGAGUCCAGCAGAGGCAAUGGCAUCAAUGGUCUCAUCCAUGGCAGCCCUCUCCUGUGCCCUCUGUGUUCUGAGGGCUGCCCGACGCUCUUUCUCCUCUGCCUCGGCCCUCUCCUUCUCACCCCUCUCCUGCCACUGGCGCGUGUAUUCCUCCCCGGUGAGGCAUGUGGCGACCACAGGGAGUCUUCUGUAUCGGUCCAGCCGAUACUUCAGUACAGUAAGGAUGUGCCCCAGGUCCUUUGCCAACUGGAGCAGGGGCUGGGACUGGAGCAGGGGCUGAGGGUCCUCCUGUGGUCCAGGAGAGGCGGUGGUGGGACCCGGUAGGAUCAAAAGGGAAGAUGCCACACUUCUUAAACCCUUCCACCACAUAGCGCAUGUCCUUGCAUCGCUAGUAUGGGUAGCGGAAUACUCUGGCAAAUUCUGAUUUGUUUACCAUGUAGGAGUGGCCAAAAUGGCUAAGGUCUCCAGCUACCUUGGAAGGGGAACCCAUGGCUGGCGCAGUAGAUACAGUACUGCACUAGAUAAUUUUCAUCCUCUGGUGCAAGCAAUGUGGGUGGUCCACUGCGACAACCAUGGGUCACCCAGCUGCUCAGCCUGUCCGCCAGGGUCUGCCGAGGUACACCAUGCACCUUGGUAGAUAAGAAAAGAAAACUGUUACUAGCUGAUAAAAUUCACAUACACAUGGUAAUCUCCUAAAAACAAAAGAUGCCCAACCUUGGCAGCCUGGCGGAUAGCCAUCCCUGCCCCGCAGUCCUCCAUGGCAUGGAACAUGUCCACCUCACUCCACUGCUUCCUCUUGACUUUCUCCAUGCUGUGGUGGUAAAUACAUUUAGCUAAAUAACUUGGCAUACUAUACACAUUUUAGAAAGAUAACUCAAUCUGAAUAUGUAUAAACAUUUACAUUUCAAAGCUAAGGCAUUGAAAGGUGAUGAAAGUUUUCACAAUAACUGAAAGUAUACCCACGUUUUUUGUUUGAUGUUAUCUGUAAUGAAAAUUAGUGUCCCAAUUAGUUUAAUAUUGAUGCGUACAUUGUAACAUUUGACUAAAUACUGCCUCUAUGUAGCUGUUGUAAGAUGAAACAUAGCCAACAGUGAUAGGUGUCAAAAGGUUAAUGGUUCAAAGUUCCAAAUACAUUUUUGCAGAUUGAGCAAAACGCCUCCGUCAGAGGACUUCAAUUUUGAUACGGUAAAGCUUGACAACAUUCAGCUGUUUUCAUGAUAUGUAUUAUCUAACGCUUACAAUUUAUUUCUUUUUUGCUGUCUUAGCAGUUCUAUCAACAUUUAGCAACUAAGCUAGCAACAUUAGAAAAUCCGUUAGCUAUAUUUCAGAGGUAAGAAGUUGGAUAUUAAAUGAUGCGUGGUCUGUCGCGCAGUCGAAUUUUACCAUAUGCAGCGUGUCCCACAAAAUGUGUACAACUUUUUUGAAAACUUUCAAAACCUAACUUAAUUUACAUAAAUUGCACUGAAAAUCGGUGGUCAGCUAGCUAGAAGGGUGUCUUUAGUGGCAAAACAUACCGUUAUUUUCCAGUCCAUUUAAAUGUUGAGCUCGAGGUGAUUUAGUCCUCCAACCGCUAGAGAGUGUCCGAAGUUAGUGGGUGUCCGAUGUUGGGGGAAAAUUAGCUAGUGACAACGAUGUGGGCUGUGUAGCGGUUAUGGUAUGAAGGUUGGCUUGGAGAGGUUUUUGCACUUGGUCACAGACAGCUGUUGUGUUGUGCACUGAAGUCCACAAGCAAAAGGAAAAGGUGAGAGGAGGAGAGCGGGUAGAUGCGAGAAGGAAUUAUACAACAAGCAAAGUGAUUAUGCUGUAUGUGCGGGUGAUCAGGGGUGUAUUCACUCCACCAAUUCUGUUGCAAAAUGUUUCUUGAACGGAAGCAAACUGAAUGAAAUGGGGAGGGACCUACCUGAAUUUGUUCAAUAGAAACUCUUGAUUUAGUUGCAAAACGUUCCCGUUUUGCAACUGUUGGGACUAAUGAUUACACCCCAGAUCAGCUAGAUGCAGGCAAGAGUGUGUAAGGCAGUAUUGAAUGUGCCACUGUCUGUCACCUUGAUUACUCAAAUUUGUCUCUCGACCUGUGCGCCUACGUUAUGAACGUUCAUUUGUAGACUAGGUUGUAGCAACCUCAUGAUGAGUAUAGGGCAAAUUCGAGUAUCAUGUGGUAGCCUAAACCUAUCGAUGUUACAUUGAGCUGGGUGAAUGAAAUAUGAAUGACAGUCGUCCAAUAUGCUGUAAUAGAAAUAAGAAAAAUGGUCCUCCCUAAUCUUAAACGGCACUGACUGUAAACAUUAACCUCAUAGUUACAAUGUACAGUAAGUAGCUAGUUAGUUACAUCAUUGUUUUAGUUCAUGUAGAAUGAGCUAACUGUCAAACCAAGUCAUAACCCUGAACAGGCAACUGUUAUUGCUUACAAUAUCAGUGGAUUAUGCUAAACUAACUCUAACCUUUCCCUCUCUGUGUUUCCCAGGCGUUUUCACAGCGCCCAUUGAUGGGCGCUACUUCUUCAGCGCCAUCCUGACGGGCCACAGGAACGAGAAGAUCGAGGCGGUGCUGUCCAAGUCCAACUACGGUAUGGCCCGCGUAGACUCCGGGGGAUACCAGCCAGAGGGCCUGGAGAACAAGCCGGUGGCCGAGGCCAAGAUCACCCCCGGCUCCCUGGCCGUGUUCAACAUCAUCCUGCCCCUCCAGGCUGGAGACACAGUCUGCAUUGACCUGGUCAUGGGCAAGCUGGCCCACUCUGUAGAGCCUCUCACCAUUUUCAAUGGAAUGCUGCUGUACGAACAGAUGUGACAGCAUCCCCUAGGCUCUCAAGCUGGAACAUGAGCGAGGGAGAGGAAGGGAGGGAGGAAAGAGGAAAGUGAGAAAGAAGAGAGGGGUAGGGGUUGGUCCCCUCCGGAGCCGUUUAGACUCACGGUUUUAUUUGACAACCGCUUUUGAAAGCAAAACGACGGUUCCAGAGAAUGAGGUUAGAAUGACUUUAUAUCGACUUGUGAAACAUGGGAAUGAAAGAGAACUAGAAGACGACGACGACAGAAAAGUUUUGUGUUUCACCCUCCGCGUGUCAUUCCUGGCCCUCUGAUGUUGUGAGACCUGAUGAACUGCUUGAACAAACAUAGGAUAUACUAUAGACUGAGCAGCAGCAGACAGAGAUGUUUAGCUUACCCAGCAUUUGGAGAAGUGUUUUCACACCGAAUUUGUACUACUGCAGGAUUUUUAUAUGGUUAUUGGAGUCUCCGUCUCCUUAUUACUCACUCCAGGCAUGGGGUUCGGAGUACAGUAGUCCUUCGUGCACUAAUACCGACCAUAAGGUCUCCUUGACAUCCCACGUACCCCUUUGCUGCAAAGUGUUUCCCUGCCAUAGAGCCAGACCCAUAGUCAAGGUCUGAGGUUAACCUGAAGUACAGAAUGUGUAGUCUAGGGGAAAGAACAAGGAAUGAGAAAUUCAUUGCUUGAUUUUCUCUAGCUGUUUUCUAUUGAGAUGAAUUCACACAUUUUGUGAAUGUUUUUAUAUUACCGUGCACUUUUCUAUCUCCUUGUAUGUGUGUUCUGGUCUUUAUACCCUGUAAUGCCUUUGGCCCAGUGAUCCAAAGUUUGUCUGUGUGGAUAUUAUUUUAAAGCUUCAGUACCUUAUACUGAUGGUUCCCAAAACAUUUUCUGUGCCGUCCGUGACCUACCUAAAGCCUUCAGAAAUGUCUGUGAUGCUCCAGGUGAAUGAAAGAAUGUUCCUAGCUCAAAGUCCAGCCUUAAGCCACAACCAAGUAGGAAUUUACCUCAACCAGAGGGAAACGCUGCCUUAUACUACAGUACUGUAGGACCAGAUGGGCCAUAGCCCCUUUAUUACAUCAGUAGGGUUGCAAAAAUCUGCAACAUUUCCCCAAAUUCCCAGGUUU